AUGACGGCCGCAAAGGCUAUCAGUGAUGCCGUCCGGACAUCCUUGGGGCCGAGGGGAAUGGACAAAAUGGUAUGCGUUUUGUCAAUGAUCCAAACUCCCAAAGGCGAGGUGAUCAUCACGAACGAUGGUGCUACUAUCUUGAAGAGCAUCCAGGCAUUACAUCCUGCGGCAAAGAUGCUUGUAGACCUAUCAGCAGCACAAGACGUCGAAGCAGGGGAUGGUACAACAUCCGUAGUCGUCCUAGCUGGAAGUUUUCUAGGCGCAGCAGAAAAGAUGCUUGAGAAAGGGAUGCAUCCGACGAUCAUCGCAGAGUCGUUCACGAAGGCUGCUGCAAAAUCAGUCGAAUACUUGACUGAAAUCUCCACCCCCGUAGAUUUGAACGAUCGAGCUAACUUACUUCGCGCCGCAACUACCUCAUUGUACUCAAAGAUUGUAUCGCAAUACUCGUCUACCCUUGCACCUAUUGCUGUCUCCGCUGUUACACGGUUAGCGACCGCGACAUCCUCAAAUGUGGAUCUUCGCGAUGUCCGCGUUGUAAAAAAAGUCGGCGGAACGAUAGAAGAUACAGAACUCGUCGAUGGAGUCGUCUUAAACCAAAACGUCGUCGUCUCAGGAGGAGGACCAACGCGUAUCGAAAAGGCUAAAAUCGGUCUUAUCCAAUUCCAACUCAGUGCUCCUAAACCAGACAUGGAUAACACCGUCAUUGUAAACGACUACCGCCAAAUGGACAAAAUCCUCAAAGAAGAACGUCAAUACCUCCUCAACCUCUGCAAACGCAUAAAAAAAGCCAACUGCAACGUCCUCCUAAUCCAAAAAUCCAUUCUCCGAGACGCAACAACCGACCUCUCCCUCCACUUCCUCGCCAAACUCAAAAUCCUCGUCGUCAAAGACGUAGAACGCGAUGAGAUUCAAUUCCUCUCGAAAUCACUUGGAUGUAAACCGAUUUCGGAUAUUGAGGCGUUUACGGAGGAUAAGUUGGGUCAGGCGGAGUUGGUUGAGGAGACGAGUAAGGCUGGGGCGAAGAUUGUGAAGAUUAUGGGUGUGAAGAACCCUGGGAGGACGGUUAGUAUCCUUGCGAUGGGUGCGAAUAGUCUUGUGCUUGAGGAGAAUGAGAGGAGUUUGCAUGAUGCGCUUUGUGUGGUUAGGUGUCUUGUUAAGAAACGUGCACUUAUCGCAGGCGGCGGCGCCCCAGAGAUCCACGUCGCACGCGCCCUCUCACAAUUCGCACACACACUCAAAGGUAUGGAAGCCUACUGCUUCCAAGCAUACGCCGACGCACUCGAAGUCAUUCCCACCACCCUCGCCGAGAACGCAGGUAUGAACCCAAUCGCGAUCGUGACUGAGCUACGAAAUCGGCAUGCACUUGGGGAGAAGAAUGCAGGGAUUAACGUUCGGACUGGCCUGAUUUCGAACAUCCUGGAAGAAGACGUCGUACAGCCUCUCCUUGUCUCGACUAGCGCAAUUGAACUAGCGACAGAGACCGUUUGUCUCCUUUUGCGUAUUGAUGACUACGUCCAAGCGCGGUAG